AUGGAGAAAUUAGUGAACGACUCUCACAUUUCCAUCUUAUCUAUGCGUGUUCGUAUUCGCGCAGCCAAUCAUGUCAUCGUUCAGGAGGCCUAUAACGACUACCUAUCACUGAAUAGUCCUGCUGGUAGUGGUGCCACUGUUGGGUCAGAUGCAGAACUUCCUGCGAAGUACGCUUCUCCCAACGGAAAUCGAAAUGAAGUGGACGUCUUCCAUCCAAAAGCCUCUCGUACGUUGUAUGUGGGUGGCUUAGAAAGCCGGAUAUCAGACGAGACGCUUCGUCGUCGAUUCGGGAAAUAUGGCACGAUUUUGGACGUGGACGUAAAGAACUACGAAUCGCCGUCACCAUUUGCAUUUAUCCAGUUCGCUGAUAUAGAUUCGGCUGUGCGUGCCAUAAACACACAUUCGAGUACUGUGCAACCGGCGAACAAAAAGGGAAAGAAGUUUCAACCCAACUUUGGAAGAUCGAUGACGACGAAUAAGUUGUGGAUUGGUUCAAUACCGCCUCAAAUAGCCGAAGAAUACGUCAUUCAAAAGCUUCGAUCGUUAUCUGAAGGAGUAGUUGACGUUGUCGUGGAUAUGAGGGUUCGGCAAGCCAUAGUGGUAUUUUCAUCCACGGAGGGAGCCCAAGCGGCCUUGAACCGCAUCAAAGCGGGUGUUCCUAAGCAGUUAUCCCUACGGGGACUGAUUCGAUCAGAUUUGUUGCGAAAUGGCCUGCCCUCCAGGGCUGAUAUUUUCCGAUGCGCAGGUGUAGCAGAGGUCCGCAAUCUCACAAGUGACGUGUGA